UUGCUAUGAAUUGCUUUCAAUGCAUAUAACGCUAUAACGGCUUUAGUAUAGUAUAGUACUGUAUGAGUCAAACGGCAAUUACUGAUCGGUCCCUAAAUGUAAGUGUGAAGUGACUGUUGUUUCGAUAUAACACUCAAUAUAUCUGUUGUUUUCAACUGAUUAUUGUUUUCAAUAAAACCAUUGUUUUCAUCGAUGUUUAGAGAGAAAUCUGUAUAACAAUUGGUGACAACAAUAGGGAGUUAUUUGUUAGAAACAAACUCAAGAACAAUGAAUGUUAACCACAAAAGAGCGACCGUUAAUAACAAUCACCAUAUGAUUGGACACAAGAAUAUCGAGGAUUACAUCGAGAAGAACCAAAUCGACGGCAAAAUAUGGUACAGAUGUCUGUGGAUGGGCUGCGACUACACAACAAACAGAUCCGAUUCAAUUCAUCGACAUCUACGGAAACAUACGGGUAUCCGACCGUAUCGGUGCUCAUUUGAAGGCUGUACUUACGCUACCAUUCAAUCAUCGGCUCUUAAAAUACAUAUCAGAAGACACACUGGCGAAAAGCCCUACAAAUGUCAAUAUCCUGGUUGUGGCAAACGGUUUACCGUUUUGGGUACACUACUGAUCCAUGAGAGGACACACACCGGCCAUAAGCCAUUCAAGUGUGACGAAUGUAGUUAUGCUUGUAUUGAGAGAAGCAAACUAUCGAUUCACUUGAAGAAAACCCACGGAAUUAUUCGGCCGACUAUUCAUAACAGUCCAAACAGAUGCACCAGUAGUUCAUAUUUCAAGACAACACAAUUAGUUCCAAUCAAUCUUUUCAAUGCAUUUGCGACGACAGCCACUGAGGACAUUCAAGUUGAUGUCGACGUUCCCGAUGUUGGUUCCGAUAAGUCUUCAUCUAUUGAUCACAUGAACGAAGUGGCACUCGUUGAAAACAGCAUUAAAAAUAUAGCACAAUAUGUGGAAAGGCGUGAAAUUGACGGUAAAAUUAUCUAUUAUUGUCGAUACAGUCCUGAAUGUAAAUAUGACUCAAUGAGAUCUGACUGUAUUGUAAGACAUAUGAGAUGCCAUACUGGAGACAAACCAUAUAAAUGUCAUUACGAGGGCUGUGACUAUAAGACAGUUCAGAGGUCAGCCCUAAACGAGCACUUGAUGUGGCACACAGGACAGAGGUAUAAGUGUGAGUUCUGUAAUUAUAAGAGCAUUAAGCGGACUAAACUUCGUCAACAUAUCCAAAAGAAUCAUCUGAACUCCUGUUCCAUUACUAUCGAUCCACACAUUGAUCCCAAACAUAUGAAAGAGUUGAUCAAAAAGCGUAAUAUGAAUUGGUUUGAGUGUAAGUAUCCUAAGUGUAAGUACGGAACAGUCAGAUCUGAUGCCAUCAAUCGACAUAUGAGAACUCAUACUGGAGAAAAACCAUACAAAUGUCAAUAUCAUAACUGUGGUUAUCAGGCGGUCCAGAAGUCAUCACUCAAGAAACAUGAAACCAAACACACGACACACUUAUAAUAAUAAUAAUAAUAAACAUUAUAUUUAUUUUAUU